AUGUUUAAGCAUAUAGUUACAGAGGUUUUCAAUUACUUUAUGGAAAGGACUUCUAAAUUUAAGAGUAGGUGAGAAUAAUACAAGGCUAUUGAAUUGGAAUCUAUUGAUAUAUAAUUAUAGAGGUUAUCUUAAUAUUCUUGUAACCUAGGAGUUAUAUUUUGAGAGAUGGGAAAUAAAGAUUAGGCAUUUGCGGAUUACAAUACUGA